AUGAUGGUUUCUCCAUCAUACCUAUUGUCGCAAGGUGUCCCUGUCAAGAAGAUCAUCCAGAAGCCCGGCCAGCUGGUGGUAUCUUUCCCACGUGCAUACCAUUCGGGAUUCAGCCACGGCUGGAACUGUGCUGAGGCCGUCAAUUUUGCUCUGAUGGACUGGCUUCCUAUUGGCCACAAGGCAGUUACCUCAUAUCGGAAUGGUUGCUCGGGGCGGUCGCCAAACUUUUCUCAUGACCAGCUUCUAUGGGACUUGUGUCAAGACGCCCUUGUGUCUGCAGACAAGGCAGCUCCCCGCCCACACAAAUCGUCUGUGGAUGUACCAGCAGAUGACCGCCUCAUUCUGUACAGGGAGUUCCAUGCAUUGGUUGAAAGGGAGCUGGCACAACGGGAACCAGUCCGCAAUGCGGGCUUCCUAGAAUUUCAGGUUCAGAAGGCCUGGGAUGGGGAGCCAUUCCAGUGCAUAGCCUGCAAGAACAUGCACUACCUGUCGUUCUGUGUAUGCCCUUGCAGGAAGGAGGUGGCUGGUACUCUGUGCCUGGAGCACUUCCUGGAGGCAACGUGCCCGUGCAAGAACUCAUCGAAAGUGCUGUGCAUCCAAGUGCCCGAUGUGGAUCUGCUGAGAGCAAGGGAUGCCCUGCGGUCAAUAACCAAUGGUGCUUGUGAACACAUGGCGUUGCCAGUGUCAGAAGUCGCUGCCAACAGUCACAUUAAACAAGAAUAUUCUGUCAUGCACAGGGAGCAUGUUGUGCAGCCUGCUGAACUGCCACGUUGCCAGGGCACAUCACGGGAUGGUGAGACAACUGGGCAUCAAAAUAGUGUUGGCACAAGUACUAGGGUUUUAAACAGUAUGGAUAGAUCAGGCUCCUCAGCAGCCCAAGUUGGGAACAGUAGAUGUAGGGAGGAACAGAACAUUGCCCGAGAAGGCAAUGGUGCCAAGGUAGACCAGAACCUGGCUUCCAGCCCAGAGAGGAGGAAGAGGCUGAAAGAGUUGCAGAGUCCCAAGGGUGGUCAGCCCAUUGUCAGCACUAGCCCAGCUGAGAAGAAACUGCGGUCCAGCUGA